AUGCGUACGCGCCCUCUUGAGCGUAGGUAUCUCUCUUCGUCCCUCUCCUCUUCCUCCUCCUCCUCCCCGUCCUCCUCCUCAUCCUCUUCCUCUUCCUCCUCCCUCUCCUCCUCCCCAUCUUCCUUCUCCCCCUUGCUCUCGUCAAGUGUCGGACUAGGCAUGGGGUUGGGAGUAGGCGCCACUGGAGACUCGCCCGAAGAUAUCACCGGAACAAUACCGCCGGUCAAUUGAGUCCCAAACGUGCGUCUCCCAACCUUCUCCUUUCCCGACUCCAUCACCUUGCCAUCCAAGUCGGGGUACACCUUCGCUACCAUGCAGUCAUCGUAGCAGCCUACUCGGCAAGUCGAGCAGUAGCACGAUGCGCCCCGAACCCGCAACUUCCAAAAUCUGGUGAAAUUCUUGGGGGCGGUCCAUUUCCUCGCCCUGGACUCGUCUACCCCCUACUAAACCACCCGUCACUCACAGCGUCCCUGGGGGCGAUGUCGUGGCUCAGCGGGCUUGCACCG